AUGACGGACGGGUCGCAAGGACAGGGUUUUGGUGGUGGCGUUACAGAUAAAGAGGGCUGGGGGAGGCAGGAACCUCAAAGGGAUGAUACCCCCAAGUUCUUGGAGGCUGCAGCUGGAGUAGUGGCUCAUUUCGCUAUGAGCCCAUCUGCCACCCUCUCCAAACAUUUUCUUGAAUUAUUGAGGAGAAUCUACGCGACGGAUCUCACGCUGCAGCAACACGAACGCGUACAGCUGUUGGAGAGUAUCCACGAGCUGGAGAAAUUGGUCGCCAUGGACAAUCCCAGCCAAAGAGAUCAACCACUGGCGUAUCCUUCCCCUUCAACCUCCAGUUUGCCUUCGUCUACGUCUUUGAACACGACACCCCCGCCACUGGGUCAUCUUUCCCAGACGCAUGUAUCUUUGAGUGCGCUACCCAACGGCUCAAGGAUGGAUGUGUUUGUGCACACCAGUACCAGUACCCGCAAUGAUGUCUCCCCCGUUCCCCCUCCGUACGAGCCCCCUCCGGCGUCGUCGUCGUCGUCGGUGGGGUCAAGACCAAAGGCCAUUGCGAUUACGCCUACGACCUCUUCGAGUUCGAUGCUGCACUCCGCGGCUAGCGAUGUUCCGCCCUUUGACUACUUCCAUUCCAUACAGCCGGCUCCUGUGGGUGGCUUCUCAGCUUUGGCUUCAAAGGUCAAAUUGGGUCCAUCCCCAGAAGAGGUUUACUCUUCCAAUCAAGCUUGGUCAUUCUCCCAUGACGCGUCGGACGAUGAGUUUCCUUUGAUUCCGAAAGAACUUGACCCGUGGCAUGAAGAGGACCAGGACGAGGAAGAGCAGGUGAAAUCGGCGGUUAAAGAAGAGGGGGAGGAAACGUUGGAAGCCGUCGAAACGCCUGACCGGAAAGAGCGCGUCGGAAACUCGACGAGGCUCAAAGAAGCGGAUGAUCCGCUUCGCUACAAGCACACCCAUUUCCCUUUGUUGCGACGGCUUGCGGCUCAGGAAGAUCCCUUGGGGAUCUUCAUAGUCACCUUGAUAUCUAUGCUCGUUUCAUCUCUUCUAUUUAUGGGAUAA